CCAAGACUACUCUCAUUGAGAGCGGCAAGAAGAAGCUUAACCUUUCAACCACUGAGCAGUGAAGACGGAUAGAUAGAGGAUCGAGGAUGAAGAACUCACUUGGGUUUCCUCCAACAGCGAGGCACAACAUAUCUGCAGCUCUGCAAAGACUGAUCAAGAGCUUUGCUCAGCUGUUUGCUCUGCAGAGGGAGGAUGACGAGGUGGAACUGGAGAUUGGGUGCCCAACGGAUGUGCAGCAUGUAACUCACAUUGGCAUCGGUGCUUAUGGGAUUGGCACAUUGAGCAAUUGGGUGGGAGACCCUGAGUUGCUGUCCCUCUCGGUCCCGGCUCUGACGAUUGAGGAGAUGGAGCGAGUGCUGGUUCAAACAUCUGAUGAGAUCGUUGCCAAUGAAUCCCUUGAACAGGGCUUCCAGGCCCAUGGUCUGGAGACACCUGUAUGACUUUCUUGUUCAUAUUUUGCAUCCAAGUAAUAUAUGGCUAUUUGAGA